CUCUCUUAUAACGGUUCGAAAUUCGUUGUUCUCUCUGUUCCCGAGGCUAACUGACUCACACUCCUUUUCCCUUCUUCUUCUCUUUCCCUCCAAAAAUUCCAACAAUUCUAUAAAACCCAUUUUCUCUUCACCAUUUUCCCUCAACCGAAAAACUUUCUCUCUCUCCCUCUGAUUUUCCUGAAGUGUUUCAAGAUGCAAAAGUAUUCUACCAAUGGCGUCGUUUCAUCCAAUUCCUUCUUCCUUGGCGACGAUGAGUUCGACUCAGAUUCGUCAAUCACCGCCGUCGCCGUCGACGAUCAUCGCCGCCGACUCUACAACUCUCUUCUUGUGCAAGACCGUCAAGAAAUGGUGAAUCGCCGUAGCCUCUGUCUUAAUCGGCUCCGUCAAGUCUCCGUCGAGGUUACCUCUCUCCGCACCGAGAACAGCCAUCUCCGGUCGAUCAAUGUGGAGCUGAACAAGCAGUUCCGUCUUCUGUUUCAAUCCGCGCUACAGAAUCGUCUCGGUUCAAGAUCAGUGUUUAGCGAAAAAGGUUUUGGUGAUGGCCUUUGGAACAGAGAUCAAGAAGAGUUGAUUAGUCGUGAAGAGAGGCAGAGGACUAGUCCGAUUGAACAUAGCAGACCCAAGAAGACUGUUGAGGCAAUCGAUAUAUGCUCGCGAUUGCCUAAGAGUAUCUCUGUCAAGUCUGAAGAUUACUUGAAAGUUUCAGCUCAGGCUUUUGUCAAAAAUGGCGGAAGGAGUCGAGAUUCUUCGCGGUCCCGAACCUCUGCGACUCUGCAGAAUAUUGUUAAGCAAAAGGUGAACGUUGGAGGAGGGAAGAAGAAGGAGAAUCAUGGUGGGGACCCAGUUGAGCUCGAUGUAUACAAACAAGGAGCUUUGAAGACUGAGAUCUGCAACAAAUGGCAGGAAACUGGUGAGUGCCCAUAUGGAGAUCACUGCCAGUUCGCUCAUGGCGUCGAGGAACUUCGCCCUGUGAUCCGCCACCCUCGCUACAAGACCCAAGUUUGCAGAAUGGUCUUAAACGGCGUCGUUUGUCCCUAUGGUCAUCGAUGUCAUUUUCUCCACGCCCUCCCUCCUCGUGACCACAAGGUAAAAUAAUCCAUAUUUUACCAUUACAGAAAACAAAGAAAGUUAUAUAUAUAUAUAUAAACUAAGGAUUUUGGGGUCGAGUCGAUGAUAUAACCGUGAACAGAGACUACUUUCGAAUUGGUUUAUUAACUAGGAAAUAUAUAGUUGGGCGGGAACAUGUUUAUAAUACUCAUUUUGUGUAACGAAGUAUAUAUAUAUUGGUGGACAUAUAUCAUAAUCAUAUAUAUAUAUAUAUAUAAGUUACGUGAUGAGAGAAUAA